AUGGCGGAGGAGGCAGAUAUGCAGUCGGUGAUGCGGAUUGGAAAGCGCUGCUUCGUCGGCAACCUGGCGUGGAAGACUUCCUGGCAGGAUUUGAAGGACAAGUUCCGCGAGAUAGGAACGGUUGUCUAUGCCAACGUCGUCAGAGAUGAUGCUGGGCGUUCAAAAGGUUGGGGAAUCGUGGAGUUUGAGACGCCCGAGGAGGCUGUGGCGGCUGUGAACACGUUCAACGGCGAGGAGAUUGCAGGGCGCAAGAUCCUGGUGCGCGAGGACAGGGAGGACCGGGACGUGAAGCAGUACAACAAGGACCACGGCAUCGAGAGGCCGGAAGGCGCCCGCCCGCCGCGCCGCAGCCGCCGCGGCACCGCACAGCAGUCGCAGGAAGGGGCCAAGCUCAACGGCGAUCACGCCAGCGAGCCCCUGCAGGAACCCAGUGGUCUGCAGGUGGUCGUGCAAGGCAUUCCAUGGAAGUACAGGGACGAGGAUCUGUCAGCGCUCUUUGAAGACUGUGCCCCCGCCGUGGAGGCCAAAGUUGUCAUCAGCAAGGAUGGCCGCAGCAGGGGCUACGGUACAGUGCGCUUCGACUCCAGGGAAGAUGCUGACAAAGCUGUCAGGGAAUUGCACAGCACAGAGCUAGAGGGCCGAACCCUCACCGUCAAGAUCGACAAGUAG